AUGGAGUUUGAGACGCCCUACACAUGUAAUGGCGCUUUUCCACUGCGUGUGCGUCAGGACCCCAUUCUGGGAUCCAGUGAGAUGUUCAACAGCUUUUUGAGAAAAGCUCAACAGGAGACCCAGCAGAUUCCCACUGAGGAGGUGCAGCUAGAAAUCUACCUGUUCAGUGGCCAGAAGGUCAAAGUCAACAUCCUCACAUCGGACCAGACUGAAGAUGUUCUGGAGGCUGUAGCCUCAAAGCUCGACCUUCCUGAUGAGCUGGUGGGAUAUUUCAGCCUCUUCCUGGUUCAGGAGAGGGGGGAUGGGGGCUGCACGUACGUGAGAAAACUGCAAGAAUUUGAGCUGCCCUACGUGUCCAUCACCAGCCUGCAUAGUCCCAACUACCGUAUCGUCCUCCGUAAAAGCUACUGGGACACAGCUUACGACAGUGAUGUCAUGGAUGACCGUGUGGGACUCAACUUGUUAUAUGCUCAGACGGUGUCUGACAUAGAGCGGGGAUGGAUCCUCGUGAACAAAGAGCAGCACAGACAGCUGAAAUCCCUGCAGGAGAAAGGCUCAAAGAAGGAGUUCAUCAGAUUGGCUCAGACUCUGAAGUACUAUGGCUAUAUCAAGUUUGAUCCCUGCAUCACAGAUUUUCCUGAGAAGGGCUGUCAUGUUAUAGUUGGUGCCGGCAACAACGAACUCAACUUUCACGUCAAACUGCCCAGUGAUCAGAUGAAAGAGGGCAGCUUCAAAGUCACGCGCAUGAGAUGUUGGCGGGUCACCUCAUCUCAGGUGCCUGUGGCGAACGGUACCGCAAACCCAAGCAGUUCCAGUAAAUGUGACGUGAAACUAGAGCUGGCCUUCGAGUAUUUGAUGAGCAAAGACCGUCUGCAGUGGGUCACCAUCACCAGUCCACAGGCUAUCAUGAUGAGUAUUUGUCUGCAGUCUAUGGUAGAUGAGCUGAUGGUGAAGAAAUCUGGCGGAAGCAUUAAAAAGAAGAAGCGACUGAACGGCUCGUUCCAGCGCUCUGACAGUCAGCAAGCUGUGAAGUCUCCUCCAUUACUGGAUUCCCCUGAUCCCAGCCGUGAACAAGUAGUCAAACUUUCUACCAAGCUGUCUUCUGUCUCCCUGAGAGGACUUAGUUCUUCCAACUCAGCCAGUGACAUCAGUGGCAAUGAUUUCCAUGGAAACUAUGCCUUUGAAGGAAUAGGGGACGAUGACCUGUGAUGGAGUCAUCCUCAAAGACUGGACUAAAGGAGACAGAUUCAUUUAGCAGUUUCUCUGCGAUGAGUGUAGUUUAAUGUGCCCCUAUUAUGCCAUUUUUAAGGUUGCUAAUAUUGUUUUAUGAGUCUCUUAAAACAGGUU